CACGCGAAUGUGAGCGGCCGACCGUUCCGCACGCUCUCUGGUCCGCCGCCGCCCCCGAACGCAACGCGAAACUUGAAAACCGGUUGGGGGGCCUGGGGAAGCUCCUGGCUGAAUUGGGCAUCCAUACGGAACACCCAGUACGAAAUAAAUCGCUGGUGACCCCGCGUUCGUGCCCGCUCUCAAACCAUGAUCCGCAUCCUCCCCAGCCGACUCAAGCCCGUCUGCUCCAACAGCUCGGCAGCCAACUCGACACCCAAUAGCCGCAGCAGCAGUCCAAUGCGCAACAAAGGAGACACGCCGAGCCCUGAGGGGCGCCCGGACAACGGCCUGGCCUUGAAUGUCGUGAUCUUGCGGGCCAGGAAUCUCGCCGCCAAGGACCGGGGAGGCACGUCGGAUCCGUACCUCGUCUUGACUCUUGGCGACGCGAAGCACAUCACCCACACCGAGUCCAAAACGCUCAACCCCGAAUGGAGCGAACAAUGCCAGCUGCCCGUCUCGGGCGUCCAGAGCCUGAUCCUCGACGUGUGCUGCUGGGACAAGGACCGCUUUGGCAAGGACUACCUGGGCGAAUUCGACCUCGCACUGGAGGAGAUCUUUGCGGACGGGAAGGUCGAGCAGCCGCCCAGGUGGUACCCCCUGAAGAGCAAACGACCCGGAAAGAAGACGAGCGUCGUCUCCGGCGAGGUCCUGCUGCAGUUCACUCUGCUCGACAGCACCAACCGGCUCGCGACCCACGAGCAGAUCUUUGACAAGUUCGUCGCUCUGGUCAAGUCGGCCCCCGGCGCCGACGUCUCGCGGAACCCGACACCGUCUCGAACGCCCGUGCUAGCCCCGGUCGCCAAGGGCAAGACGCCCUCGCCUCCGCCGCCGCUCGGUGAGAGACGGGAGAACGACAAUGACGAGGAGGAUGAGUACGACGUCUACGAGGACGAGACCCCCGAGGACGAAGACCCGACCAAGCCGGAAUCAGCCGAGAAGAGGCGGAGAAGGCUACGCAUCAAGGGACUGAAGCGCAAGAAGAGGGAGAACCCAUACGAGUUCACCAACGGCGGCAGCGACGUGGUCGGCAUCAUUUUCCUCGAGAUCAGCAACAUCACGGACCUGCCGCCCGAGUCCAACCUGACCAAGACGAGCUUCGACAUGGACCCCUUCGUCGUGGCCUCGCUGGGCAAGAAGACGUACCGGACCAAGACGAUCCGCCACAACCUAAACCCCGUCUUCAACGAGAAGAUGAUCUUCCAGGUCCUCAAUCACGAGCAGUCGUACAGCUUCUCGUUCACCGUCAUCGACCACGACAAGUACUCGGGAAAUGACUUCAUCGCCUCGGUGAACUUCCCGGUCAAGGACCUGAUCGAGAAGGCGCCCAAGGCCGACCCGGAGACCGGCCUGUACAACCUCAGGGACGUCCCGGAGUACUCGGCUCCUGUGCAGCGCCCCCGGUUUAUGAGACUGGGGCUGUCUCGCACGCCGUCUUCUCAGAGCCUGAGCAAACUUGCCAGACCGGGCAUAUCGAAGAGUUCCUCUGCCAGCUCGUCGGCGGCUUUGACUGCGACGGCACCGGCGUCGACCCCCACUGCUUCCCAGCUUCCGGCGGAUGCCAUCCCAGAAGGCGCGCAGCCGGCUGUUCCCUCCACGGGCGUUCUUCAGCCGGGAGACAAUGCCGUAGCGGCUGCAGCCUCCACGCUUGGCGAGACCACGCCGUCCGACGGCGAGGACUCCGACUUUCUCCCCUACACGCUCCCGCUCAAGAUGAAGAACCAGGAAAAGUGGGAGGCCAAGCACAACCCGGUGCUCACCAUCCGUGCCAAGUACAUGCCCUACCCGGCGCUUCGCCAGCAGUUCUGGCGCGCGAUGCUGAAGCAGUACGACACGGAUGAGAGCGGGCGCAUCAGCAAGGUGGAGCUGACGACCAUGCUGGACACGCUCGGAUCGACGCUGCGCGAGUCGACCAUCGACAGUUUCUUCCAGCGCUUCCCUCAUAAGGCGAGUGACAGCGACGAUGCGGCGGAUCUGACCGUGGACGAGGCCGUCAUCUGCCUCGAGGACCAGCUGCAGGCCAAGUCGCGGCCACCGGGCGUCGCGGACCGCAUGAAGAACCUGCUGCCAGAUGCUGACAAGGUCAAAAAUCUCGUACCGAUUCCCGGAGUGUCCGGGAAGGGCGGCGCCGGCGGGGCCGAGACGCCGGCGGAGACCACCGAGACGCCGUCCGAGUUGCAGACCACCGACUCGUCCACCGUCGCGGUACCAGAGCUGGGCACACCGGGCGAGGAAGGCGACCUCCUGGACAGAGACGACCUGAACAUCAGCACGGCUGAGGAGCACGUGGUCGAGAUCCGCGAGUGCCCCAUCUGCCACCAGCCGCGGCUGAACAAGCGCAAGGACGCAGACAUCAUCACACACAUCGCCACGUGCGCCAGCCAGGACUGGCGCCAGGUCAACAACCUGAUGAUGGGCGGCUUCGUCACAUCCAGCCAGGCGCAGCGCAAGUGGUACUCCAAGGUCAUCACCAAGAUCUCGUACGGCGGCUACAAGCUCGGGGCCAACUCGGCCAACAUCCUCGUGCAGGACCGCAUCACCGGCCAGAUCAACGAGGAGAAGAUGAACGUGUACGUGCGAUUGGGCAUCCGCCUGCUCUACAAGGGUCUGAAGUCCAACAACAUGGAGACGAAGCGGAUCCGCAAGCUCCUCAAGAGCCUCAGCAUCAAGCAGGGCAAGAAGUACGACGACCCGGCGUCCAAGGCCGAGAUCCCCAAGUUCAUCGCCUUCCACGGGCUGGACAUGUCCGAGGUGCUGCUCCCGCUGGACGAGUUCAAGAACUUCAACGAGUUCUUCUACCGCGCGCUCAAGCCCGGCUCGCGGCCGUGCUCGGCGCCCAACAACCCGCGCAUCAUCGUGUCGCCGGCCGACUGCCGCUCCGUCGUCUUCAACCGCAUCGAGACGGCCACGCAGGUGUGGAUCAAGGGCCGCGAGUUCAGCGUGCGCCGCCUGCUCGGCAACGCCUACCCGGAGGACGUGGCGCGCUACGAGAACGGCGGCGCGCUCGGCAUCUUCCGGCUCGCGCCCCAGGACUACCACCGCUUCCACGUCCCCGUCGACGGCAUUAUGCGCCAGCCCCGGACCAUCGCCGGCGAGUACUACACGGUCAACCCGAUGGCGAUCCGCUCCGCGCUGGACGUGUACGGCGAGAACGUCCGCGUGCUCGUGCCCAUCGACUCGCCCGAGUUCGGCCGCGUCAUGGUCAUCUGCGUCGGCGCCAUGAUGGUCGGCAGCACGGUCAUCACCCGGACCGAGGGCGAGGAGGUCCGCCGCGCCGAGGAGCUCGGCUACUUCAAGUUCGGCGGCAGCACCAUCGUUCUGCUGUUUGAGAGCGGCAAGAUGGUGUUUGACGACGACCUGGUCGAUAACUCGAACACCGCGCUCGAGACGCUCAUCCGCGCCGGCAUGUCGGUCGGCCACGCCCCCUCCGAGCCGCAGUGGACCCCGGACAUGCGCAAGGACGAGGACCAGAUCACCGCCGCCGACAAGGCCGAGGCCCGCCGCCGCAUCCAGGGCCAGGUCAGCGCGUCCGACGCCGCCGACGCCGCUGCCACCGACGCUGCUGGUGCCGCUGGCGGGGAGGAGGAGUCGUCGUUGGAGGAUAGCGGUAGUGGCUAGUCCAGGGUUAUCUACGUCUCGUCUUGCCUAUGGUGUGUGUGGAAAGGGGCCCCGAAGGGUGCGGCUAUCGCCGAUCGCCCCCUUGUCUGGAUGAU